AUGAGCGGACCGAUCCCCGGGAAGUCGUCGUGGCCGGAGCUGAUGUGCGUGCCGGCGACGCAGGCGGCGACGACCAUCGCCCAGGAGAGGCCCGACGUGGUGGAGGUGCUCCCGCCGGGGUCGCCCACCGUCCCGGACUACAACCCCAAGCGCGUCCGCGUCUUCAUCAACAACUACGGCGUUUUCAUCCAUAUCCCCGUCAUCGGACAGUCAACACCCCGGCUGGUUUAA